CUAAUAAAACAUAUUCUAGUUAGAAAGGUGUGUCCCCGCCUGAAUUGAAAUGGAAUAUGAUCACCGGGAGUAACUGUAUGCACACUAGCUGAACCCCAGAGGCCGAGAGUGCGAGACUGAGACUAGUGUAGAGUAGGUCCCACGCGUUUGAUGUGGCAAUAGAUAAUAUUUUUACUAGUGUAGAGUAAAAAAGGAAAAGCGUUACAAAGUUACUAAGCCGCGGAACUGUAAAAACUUCUCUCUACUUUUGCCGGCGAUCUUCCCCGGAGAUCCGUACGCAUCUGUACAUUCAGGAGGAGCUGCUGGACGGUGGUUGUUUGUUUACGAUUGGAUGGUAUAUGGCGGAGACUCCGUCGCCGCCGGUGAAAGAAAACAAGCUGUUCAAGGGGAUAUUUGCGGUGACGGGAAUCAUGUCUACUCUCGUCAUCUAUGGUGUCUUACAGGAAAAAAUAAUGAGAGUUCCCUAUGGAUCAGAUAAAGAGUAUUUCACUUACUCACUGUUUCUUGUGUUCUGCAAUCGCAUUACAACGUCUGCGGUCUCUGGUGGAGUUUUACUGGCAAGUAAGAAGGUCUUAGAUCCCGUAGCUCCAAUUUAUAAAUAUUGUAUAAUAUCUGUUUCAAACAUGUUGACCACUACAUGUCAGUAUGAGGCCCUCAAAUAUGUUAGCUUUCCUGUUCAAACCUUAGCAAAAUGUGCCAAGAUGAUUCCAGUAAUGAUUUGGGGCACUCUUAUCAUGCAAAAGAAGUACCAAGGGCAAGAUUAUUUGUUGGCUUUCCUGGUGACGCUUGGGUGUUCAUUAUUUAUCCUAUACCCGGCAGCAGGUGACGUUAACCCUUACAGUAACGGAAGAGAAAGCACUGUUUGGGGAGUUUCCCUUAUGAUCGGGUAUCUUGGGUUUGAUGGAUUUACAAGCACAUUCCAGGAUAAACUAUUUAAAGGCUAUGACAUGGAAAUACACAACCAGAUUUUCUACACAACAUUAUGUACUUGUUUCCUCAGUUUCUUUGGUCUAAUCUUACAGGGAAAUCUUCUCAUGGCAAUAAAUUUUGUUUCACUUCACCAUGACUGUUUCUUUGACAUUCUUCUCCUUUCAGCUGUGGCUACAGCCAGUCAAUUCUUUAUUUCUUACACAAUCCGUAAUUUUGGGGCUCUCACCUUUGCUACAAUAAUGACCACAAGACAGUUGGCUAGCAUUUUCCUGUCAUGCUUGUGGUUUGGACACCCUCUCAGCUGGGAACAAUGUGUUGGAGCUGUGAUUGUAUUUGGCUCCCUUUACACAAAAAGCUUAUUUAGAAGGAAACCAAAACCUUUGAUCACAGAAGAUGUUGAAAAUGUAGAUUCUAUCCCCCUAAAGGAGAAUAACACAUAAUGUUAUAUGUUGAAGGCCAUCCAUCCAUUUUCUGAAUGAGGGUUGGAUUGGAUCUGUUUUACCAAAAAAAUGCCUUUUUCUCCGAACGAACAUGAAGGAGCAGGCAGAUAGCUAGCUGAGGCAAAGUGAGCGUGGUCUCUUAAAUGAGAAAGCAGGAGGCAAUACUACUACACAAAGGGCCAUACAAUAGCCAUAUAGACUAAUACAUAACCGUGCAAAUUACAUACACUUCUUACAUUAAGCUUUUUUCAAAGUUGAAUAAUACCAACUGUUCGUUAUAAAUUAAAAAAUAUCAAUUUGAAAAAUAUGUUGAGAACCAAC